UGCUACUCAGCGCUAGCGCGAGAGAAUCAGACUGCAGAACGCUUGAUUGAGUACCGGCUCUGAUGUCGGGGCUGUCCUAACAGCAAUCUGACUCCACCAACCCCGUUGAAAACAACCCUCAAGCGUCCCUCUCGAGUUUGCCGUGAUAGGGGAGGCCGAUUCCCUGCUGCCUGCACCCGAGCGCCUCGUACGCAUGAGAACGGCUACCCUCCUCCCAUCUCAGGGCCGGUGAUACACAACCUCCGCACGGAGGGUUCGAGCGACGGCCAACCACACUUCGUUCGCGCUUCUGUACUCCUGCAUGCUCCAUCCCUUCUAGUGACAAUGGAGGGGGAGCAAGGUGCGUGCCCUCUUACAAGUGAUGUAUGCUCAAGGUGCCGCAAACAGGGUCGUCACCCGUUCGUCGCCUACGAACAUGCGAUCCUUGUGCGGCCCGCGAUAGAGGCCUCGUUGGGGGCUGCCGUGACCAACGUGUACUUCACUUACAAGAAGGUAGAUUCGCUGACUUCGCUCUAUCACUUCCCCCUCCAUCUUCCCAUGGCGCAACCCUCGAUCCAUGAACAGAACAGCGUCCUCCAAUGUGGCGAGGCGUCGGCUUCUCGACGAGAUGACACGUUUUAUCUGGACGUCGUAACUUUCCGAGUAUCAGAUACCCUUUUCCGUGUCCCUCGCUAUGCUUUCGAGGGCGGUUCGGCCGUCUUCGCUUCCAUGUUCACCCUUCCUCCUGGCCAAGGACUGGAUACGGAGGGCUGCAGCGACGAGCACCCCGUGGUUCUGGAGGGUGCGACUGACGAAGAAUUCCGACAAUUCCUACGGAUACUGCUUCCUAGAAACGCCUUACGACCCGAUAACGACUUGACGCAGGAGCAAUGGACGGCUGUCCUCAAACUGGCGACCAUGUGGGACUUUGACGACGUCCGACAGCUUGCGGUUUUGAAGAUGGGGAAGAUGGACAUGACUCGCGACCAGCGCUUUCGGCUCGGGCGAGCCUACAGCGUAAGCAAGUGGUAUCACGGCGUUCUGAAAGAUAUCGUUCAGCGAGUCGAGGCUCUGACAAAGGAGGACGUCGAUCUGGUCGGCAUUGACAUCGCGCUUGGGAUCGCGUCGAAUAGGGAGCGGAUUGCGCCGAGUAUCUACGGUCAGUGGCUCUACGAGGAGAGGAGAAAGGUACCCUCGACAGUGUAUAAGGAAGGGCUUCCAUGUGCUGUUGAGCAGCUCGUUCGUGAUUUCUUCCCUUUGGACUAAACGAGCUUGUGUGAUGGAUGCUACGUGCAUAUUGAUGUCGUAUCAUAGCUCUCCUUUGUAUCAGUAUAACUUACACUAUGUAUUCCUGAGCAUGCAUGUUGGCAAUGACUUUGUGUAAUCCU